AUGUUGUCGAGAAUUAAAGAUUUUCUCCACCGACACCGGAGGAAAUUCAUCACCACCGGCGUGGUAAUUGGUGGCAGUGUGUUCCUGCUGAAAUGGUUACAGUACAAGCUGCGGGAGCUACAAGAACGGCAGGCGAAAGAAAUUGGUGAGAAGUUAAAACGCAUGCAGCAUUACGAGUGCACUGAUCGUACGUGCAAUCAAACGAUCCUGGGGAUGGCGCCAGCCUUGUCGGACAAAAUAGUUCAAAGUCUCCAGACGGACGAUAUACUGACGAAGCUGCGUUCCAAUCCGGACAACAAACUGGAGCUUUGGGAAGAACUUCGAAUCGUUGCCUUCACGCGGCUCAUUACGCUCGUGUACGGAGCAUCGAUGCUGGCCGUUACGUUGAGGGUGCAGAUCAACAUCCUCGGAGGUUAUUUGUACAAAGCUACCGUAGAGGGGGAUAAUGGCCAGCAGCAAGCGAUACCUCUCGAAGUGCAGACCGCGUAUCUUUCCCUGAUACAGCACUUUAUGCGAGAUGGCAUCGAUCGUCUGAUCGAAAUCAUCCGCCCGAACGUGACCAUCGUGAUGCAGCGAUACAAAUUAAAGCAGCAGCUCACAUUAGCCGACACGGAAACGCUGCUCUGGUCGAUCGAGAUGGCGUUGAACAACGAGAAAGGAAAUCCGAUCGAAGACAUGGCUUCGUACACCUUGCCGAAUCCCGGUGCCACGCUGGCCAGCGGUGACGGUGCACUUAACAGUAUGUUUCAGGAAACGCUGGACGUGUUGGAGAGUGUGGAAUCAACACAAGUGGGUCUAGCGAACGUAAGCAUAGGGUUUUCGAAGGUUAUGGAUAAACUGGCCGAUUACUACAUGACGUCCGGUGGCCCGAACAAAAACUCCAAUUCUAACCAAAACUUGGAAAGUAUCGCCAACAUCAAUGCAAUUACAAUUUCCCUUGCUAAGCUGAUACCGAUUGUGAAUGGGCUAGCGAGUAAGGUGACACUACCGGCAAACGGCGGAAUGGUCAGCAACGGGUUGGUACCUUCGCUACCAGACGAGACGGACCUGAUGUCGUCCAUGGUUGUGCAUUUUCUACAAUCGGAAAAGCUUCGAACGCUUGGAGCCAACGUUUACGAAACAUUCUGUCAUUAG